UGGGUUAUACAAACAUUGAACAACAGCCACUUCAGUGGACUUCACUUCUGUUAGAACUGUAUUUUGUAGCAUCCAGUAAUCUAGGGGGAAAAAAACAACAACUAGAUCUAUAAUCUAGCCUUCACUUCUAGCCAAUUCAUUUUUCUUGAAAAUAAAAUUAAAUAUGUGCUACCGACACCGUCUAGCCAGUAGUGACCUUGUGACCUGAUUACUGUAGCGAUAGACAGCGCAGUGCUGCCACUUGCGUAACAUUCUUCAAAAGGGUCCUUUGAUGGCAAGUUUUACCAAAUAUGUUAGGUUCUGUAAUAAAAUAAAAAAAGUAAGUAAGAAUCAAGUAAAAUGGCAUACAGUGCAUCAAGCAAUAUUUUGUUUUCAAGACUACUUGCUUAUUCUGUACACCAUCUAAGAACUUGUCAGUUUAGUCAAACAGUACUUGUUCAUAAGUCAUCACUACUGUCUACAUCAAACCCUUCUUUAAACACCUCUGGCAUUGCCUUCAGGUCACUUAAUCUAUUCACCAAACACAAGAAGAAGCUUCAAAAAGAAUGCACAUUUCUUUUGAGACAUUAUUCUGAUGUUCCUUUAACAAGCGUGAAACAUCCAGAUAUGAAAAGAGGGUCUUUUGCUGUAUUGUCAAAUGAAGACAUUGCUUUUUUUAAGAAGUUACUACCAGGUCGUGUUAUUACAGAUGAAAGUGAACUUCUACCAUACAACACAGACUGGUUGAAAACUGUCAGAGGAGCAAGCAAGGUUGUAUUAAGACCAAAGACGACCCAAGAAGUCUCAGAUAUUGUAAAAUACUGCUAUGAUCAUAAUCUUGCUGUGUGUCCACAGGGAGGGAAUACAGGGCUUGUUGGAGGAAGUGUUCCUGUUUUUGAUGAAGUGGUAAUCACAACUCAACUCAUGAAUCAGAUUAUAAGCUUGGACCAGGUUUCUGGAAUCUUAGUUUGUCAAUCUGGGUGCAUACUUGAAGCUCUGGACCACUACUUAAGUAACUAUGAGCUGACUAUGCCCUUAGAUUUAGGUGCCAAAGGAAGCUGCCAAAUAGGAGGUAAUGUCUCCACUAAUGCUGGAGGAAUUCGUUUGCUGCGCUAUGGCUCACUUCAUGGGAAUGUUCUUGGAUUAGAAGUUGUUCUUCCGAAUGGUGAAAUAGUCGAUUGCCUUACAACUCUCAGGAAAGAUAACACUGGAUAUGAUUUAAAGCAACUUUUUAUUGGGGCAGAGGGUACAUUGGGCAUAAUCACUGCUGUCUCUAUCUUAUGCCCACCUCAACCUAAAUCUGUCAGUGUAGCAUUGCUUGGUUGUGAAACAUUUGAUUCAAUUCUUCAAGUCUUCAAAUCCUCUAAGCUAUACUUAGGAGAAAUUUUGUCUGCAUUUGAAUUUAUGGAUUCACAGUCAAUGAUUCUGGUGAAGGAAAAUUUGAAGUUGAACAGUCCACUUGUUGACUACCCAUUUUAUGCCCUUGUUGAGUGUUCUGGUUCUAAUGCUCACCAUGAUGAGGAGAAACUUAUGAGCCUCUUACAUGCAGUGCUUGACAAAGGAGAGGCUUUAGAUGGUUGCAUUGUUACAGACUCUGCUAAAAUAAAGAAUAUAUGGAGUCUUAGAGAAAGAUGUGCUGAGGCCUUGAUGUAUGAUGGUUACUGCUACAAAUAUGAUGUAUCACUGCCCUUGUCAGCAUUUUAUCAGCUGGUUUUAGACAUGAGAGACAGAUUAGGAGCCAAUGCCACUCGAGUUGUAGCCUAUGGGCAUGUUGGGGAUGGUAACCUGCAUUUGAACAUCACUAGUAGACAGUACAGUAAAACAACUUUUGACUUGAUUGAACCCUUUGUCUUUGAAUGGGUGGCCAAGUAUCGAGGCAGCAUCAGUGCAGAGCAUGGCCUGGGCCUGAAGAAGAGAGAAUACAUUCACCACAGCAAAACACCAUCAGCAGUCGCUCUGAUGGCAGCAGUGAAAAAAACUAUUGAUCCAAAGGGAAUAAUGAAUCCAUACAAAGUUUUACCAGAAUCAAUUUUAAGAUAGAAGCUUUGAAUUUUUGGAAACAAUUAGGUUAACAAUUACCACAUAUUGGGUAUUUGUUUAAAUUUUUCUUAAUUUCUAUGCAGAUUUUAUUUAUUUUAUAUUUUAUAGAGUGGUACUAUAGGAGUAUAGUACAUAAGCUUUUAAAAAGUCUACAUCUUCACUCAAUUUAAUUUUACUUUCUACACCGGACUUUUGGUUUUGUUAUUAAUGCACGUUAUCAAUGCAAAAAAGUUAUUGGAGGAUAUGUAUGAGAAGGAUGGACAGCGGAAGAAGAAAUACAGCUAUUUCUGGCACCAACAUCUUGAGCUAGAAACUUGACCCACUUAUUAUUUUUUCUUAUCAAGACAUAGAUUCAAGGCAAAUAUCAAAGAGUUAAGCUAUCCAAUUAAGUUAUCCAAAUUUUUUAUGCUUGCCAACUUUUUUUUUU